UCACCCCGACGGUCGCGGUGAUAAGUAUUUUCGCGGCGACAUCGUGGCGGCGACGACGCGAUGCCUCCUCUGCACGUGGCACGGUAUCGGUCUGGGAACAACGAGUGAAAUGCAACCCCCGUUACAAUUGUGUGACACGAACGAUACACGCGACGUGGAAACGAUGACAGGGGUGCGUGGACACGCGUCGCGGCACCCUGGACGGAAGAGAUACGAUCGGAAGGAAACGCGUAACAAGAGGAUUCGCCGUCGUUUCGCUGAGUGUAUACUUCAACGUGUUCGGGUGAAAGAACUGUGAUAUAAAAAUCAAUUAGCUCGAAAUCAAAGACGGAUACGCGUGGAUUGUUUAUCGUUAGUACGGUUGAUCGGCGGAGAAAGUUUCCAACAUCCCGAAGCAACAUGUAAUUUCGGUUGUUCCAAGGAUCUUGGGACGAAUGUGACCCAGUUAGUUAUACUAAACGACGCUAAGAAGAUUGGAGCGAAGACGUUGAUCGAUGGAAUGUGUCACAAAAUUGACAUAGUUAUUGUAAACGUGUAUCGCGCGCGCAUGAAACCAAACCACGAUUUAUCGUCCUAAUUGCGGUCCUCGUCUUUUUGCCGCGACGGAAUCGACGAUCGUGCUUCGAUUGGCAGUAGUGUGUGAUAAUUUGCUCGUCAGUGGACGAUGACAGGUGAUAGAGUUGACGUAAAAGUGGACAAAAACCGUUUUCUAAGCCAUUAGAUCUCGACUUUAUUAGCGAAAUAACGCGAUGCGUUGUCAUCGAGACGCGACGACUCUGCACCGUGUCGAAAUCGCGUUUACUCGAGAAGAGUAGGGCAACCUUAGCCUAUAGCUCGAACGGUUUCCGAUAAAGACUGUCCGCGAGGAGGAUGGAGGAAACUCGCGAUCGACUGGGCAAGAGUUACGGAAAUGCGCGUCUCGGAUCGCGACGACGACGACCUCGACGAGGCGAACGGCGUUCAUGUCGAGUUUCAAAGAGGACCCGGAGCAAGGUCCAAGUUCGCGUUGCCCGGUGAUUCGAGGACGAAAGCCAGCGGCUCAAGUCUCCGCCGACUCUGAGCACUCUAGACGAUUGAAUGGAUGAUAGGGUGAAACACGCUAGAAACGAUGCCUGGUAUCGUGGUGUUCCGACGCCGGUGGAGCGUCGGCAGCGACGACCUCGUCGUGCCCGGUGCUUUCCUGUUCAUCCUGCAUUUGAUAUGGGUGACAGUGCUGGGCGUUCUACUGGGGAUUCUCGAAUGGGAUCGCAGCGUUACGUGCGUCCUUCUUCUGUGGGAAUACGUGGUGGGAUACUUGGCCAUUUUCGUGGCCUGCAUGAUAGUGGAAUUUUCCAUCUGCUUCCUGGCGACCAGAGGGAGCAUCUUGGACACUGCCGCGAGAGCGCCCAUGCAAUAUGUUCUCUACGUUCGAAUUUUCCUGUUACUGGUAGAAACUGGCUGGUUAUGCGCAGGUGUGACGUGGUUAGCACACUACUACCAAACUUGUCCCGUCGACCAAGUCAGAGAUGUAAUGUUAGGUUUAGUGGUAUCGAAUUGGUGCGUAUUGGCGUCCGUGAUGGUGACAGUAUGGUGCACGUACGACGCCGCUGGCAGAUCGUGGGUAAAAAUGAAGAAAUAUCAACGCAGUAUGAGGGAAGCGGAGUCAAGAUGCGGUAAAUUGCAUUACAACCGGAGCGGCAGCAGAAACAGAAACUGGCGACAAAGAAAAGUGAUACGCGCGUACCAGGACAGCUGGGACAACAGGUGUAGACUGCUGUUUUGCUGCAUGGGCAAUUCCGAUAGAAGCCGAAACUCGUUCGCGGACAUCGCCAGGCUGUUGAGCGACUUCUUCCGCGACCUUGACGUGGUGCCAUCGGAUGUGGUGGCCGGGCUGGUGCUCCUUAGGAAGUUCCAGAAGGUCGAGAGAGAAUUGAUAGUGAAACAGCGGAAAAACGAUACGUACGAGUUUCUGUCGGGCGUGCCAGUUACUCCUCGCACCAAAUUCCUGUCCUUGACCGAGGACGGUGAUCUGGGCCACUUUCAGUUGGCCAUUUAUUAUAUGCACUUCGCCCUGGCAGCAUACGGCUGGCCCAUGUUCCUCUAUAGUCAUUCCACCGGUCUCUGUCAGUUGUGUGCAAGAUUACGAUGCGGCUGUUUCCCGUGUCGCGGCCACGAAGAUGGUGCGACAGUGGUGGAGGACAAUUGUUGCCAGUGCAAUUACGCCGCUCUGAGAAAGAUGAUCGACGUUGCCGAGGUGGACGUCAUUUACGCCACUUUCCACGUCGACGUCGGUGAGACGCCGUUCUUCGUCGUGCUCGAUUACACAAAGAAAAAGGUUGUCGUUAGUAUACGAGGAACCCUCAGCAUGAAGGACGUGUUAACGGAUCUGAACGCGGAAGGUGAAGUGUUACCAUUGUCGCCGCCGAGAGACGACUGGCUGGGCCACAAGGGGAUGGUUCAAGCCGCCGAAUAUAUUCGAAAAAAGCUGCUCGACGAAGAAAUUAUAUUUCGUGCGCUCGCUAAGGACACGUCGAGAGGAACCCAUCAGUUCGGUCUGGUACUCGUUGGACAUUCUUUAGGAGCGGGUACAGCGGCCAUCCUGGCGAUAUUGCUCAAGCAGGAUUACCCGGACUUGGUGUGCUUUUCCUUCGCUCCACCAGGUGGUCUGUUGAGCAUGCCUGCUCAGCAGUACACGCAAGAAUUUAUUACGUCCGUGGUGGUUGGGAAAGAUGUCGUGCCCAGGAUAGGUCUUCGACAAAUGGAAAGUUUAAGGGCUGAUCUUAUCAACGCCAUAAAGAGGAGCGUCGAUCCAAAGUGGAAAACGAUAGCAUGCUCGGUGAUGUGUUGCGGUUGCGGUUCCACCCCCACCUCGGCGGCGAAUUUAGAGGCUGGCGGAUGCAUCAGCGAGUAUCAGAGGGACAAGGACCUAGCUCGUUCCCAAACCGUUGUCCCGAGCGACUCCAGUAUCGCGUUGACGUUACACAGGCCUCUGUACCCGCCCGGGCGUAUUAUACACGUUGUCCGACAUCAUCCGAACAAGGGAGAGCAAAAAUAUGAAAGCCGCUGGAGACAAAUGUUGAACAAACGCGAGCCGGUGUAUCAGGCGCUAUGGGCGGGUCCGUGCGACUUCGACGAGGUGCUGAUAAGCCCAGUGAUGAUACAAGACCACAUGCCGGACAAUAUGCUGAAAGCAUUGAACAAGGUUGUAACGACCCUGGGACCGGCGAAGCCGCAGAGGCUGGCUUCCGGUCACGCGUCGUCCACGGAGGCGUCAGAGGCGCGCGAGGCCGUCGAGAUCCAGGAGAUGGAGAUCGAACAGGAAAUGAGAGCGUUGCUGUCGUCGUCCAGCCCCGUAAAAUCGCAUCCCAGCAACCUGGCUGGUACACCGCCGCACAGACUCUGUCUGGAGACUAGCUUCACGUCCUUGCAGAGUCCGUCGGAGUUCCCUCAGGCUGGCCGGGAGCUCAGCGUCGACUCCAGAGGGAUACCGUGGGAGUACGUCAGCCUGGCCAGCGAAUUGCUCAACACACCUAGGACCGACGAAUGCAAAUUGUCGAAUCGACGGACCGACUGGGACGAUGCCUCGCGGACGGCGCCGCUCGCGACGCCGGAAACGCUGUCGGAGGCGUCGAGCAGCCCACCAUCGCCGGUACCACCACCGAGACCGAUGAGGCGAACCCCAAAGAUUUCGGGAAACUUGUCAACGGCGGCGGACGACUUGAAGAACAACCUUCACUUCGCUAUGCUCUCGGCGAAGAACUACUUCCUGAGGGAGGGGAACAACGGCAGUAACACGAGCAGUGGCAAUAGCGAGGCGAGCUACGAGAGUGCCAAGAGCUUAACCGCUGGUCUUCCGCCGCCAGUACCGAGAAGACGAGACUCGGUUAUCGUCAGAAGAGAACAGAGAGUAUGUACGGCUGCCUGCUGCAGAGACGAUUUGUCAGAGAAUUCUUCGUCGCACACAUCUUCCCAUUCCUCUGGAGCAUCUCACGUGUCGAACCAGGUCCAACCGGCCUACGCCGAGGAGGAACACGAGACGAACGGUUCCAGUUUAGACUUUUACGAGGCAAAGGGUUCAUCUGGACAACGGGACAGCAGUAACGACGUGUUCCUCAGCGUACGAAGUUCCCCGGAAUGUAAAGGCCUUAUGGCACCAGCGACAGAUUUAGGAGCAGAAUGGAAGAAAAAAUUCGACGCGACGGGGAUGAGCGGCGAUGCUUCGUUGCCCCUUUUGCGUGGACUCUCGCCGACACCCACGCACGGGCAACACAGUUCGCCCUUCUUCAGCGCGAAACGAAAAAAAUAUGUAUAUCCAAUCACGCUGGUUGGUCGAGGCGAAAGUAGCGUUUAAUUGGGAGAAGUUAGACCGACCGGGGACCAUGAAAGAAGGGAGACAGGAUAGAUGUAAAAUAACUGUUAGAUAUCUGUGCCAAUAUCACAUUUUCGUGUGAUUGUUCAUCAGAAUCGUUUUCGCAAAUUCUGGAGUGGAUGUACUUUCGAGAUAUUCUAAAAUUAAGGGGCCACGUAUUGUAGCCUCUUUUUAUAUGAUCUUUCGCUGAAGUCUAUGCACACUCGAUAAAUCCAUAAUUUAAGGUUAGACGAACGUUAAGCAUAAAAGGUAAAAGGAUCGUGUGAAAUUCCUCCUCGCAUCAGGUGUAGAUAGUUAAACUCGAAUAAUGUUCUAGUUUUAUCAUAGAUCUCUUUUCUGUCUUUGUACGGUAAUUUCUUCGACGGAACAAAGUAUUUUCUGAUUCAAACAAAUUUUCAGCCAACCGAAAGAUAAUAAUAAAGUCUGUAGAGACUCGAACGCGUGUAAACUAAGAACAUAACGGUGAAUAGGAAAUUAGCAAGAAAAAGGUAACUUACCAUACGGACGAUAGUUAAUGCAAAUUAAGAUGCCUUGCUAUUUGAAAAUGCUACAAUUUUUUUAUUAGACCUCUCGUCUGUAAUUAUCGAAUGUUGUAGCGCGAUGAAAACGUAUGAACAUUGCACGGAAGUUGCACUGGCCUACUCUGCAUAGAUAUCAUUUAAUACAAAAAUUUUGAAUGAUACAUUUUGUACAGUUUUUUAACAGAAUCAGCAAGAAUACAAAAUAAACACUAGCCUUAUUGCAAUCUACCCUUUGUAAUUAUCCGAGUAUAAUUUUGCCAUGUUAUUUGACAUUAAUUUUUUACUUAAUAAUUACAAUUGUUUUUUAUCCCUAAAGAUAAUUAGCAUUACUUCUUUUACUAAUUCUGUAAUAAAUGCAAAAAUGGGACUGAAAACGUAAAUUAUACAUAAAGUGUAAAAUAUGUAGUCAUUGAAGGAAGACAAUUGCAUAAUAAAAAACGAACGACAAAGCAUGAUUUUUAUUGACGGUCUCUUAACUAGUUGGAACUUUAGAAUCACUGUAUUUAUGUAAAAAGUAGAAAGAAUAUACCUGAUCCAUUUAACUCUAGUAAAUAUAAUAUGCAUUUAGGAAAUAUAAUAAUGGACUUAUU